CAUUGAUAACAACCCUAAUGAUUGCAUUAAAGCAGCAGAGAGGAACAGAGACACACAGAAUAAUAACUUGAGAGUUUUUCUUCCAUUCUCUGUCUUGGGGCUGUUUGGCAUCAUGUAAGUACAGGCAUUAAGAUCUCAUUAUUUACCAAUCCUCAUGGUAAUAAUGAACAACUUUAUAAGUUUUGUACAUGGACAUGCGUGCUCAUCUCAUUUGGUGCUAUCCAUUCUUAGAAGUCCCAGGAGAACGUGUUCAGAUUUGUUGUAUUUUAGUAAUUUUCUAUAUACAGCUUCUGAAUGAAUAUAAUACAAAUCCAUACAAAAAUUUUCUGUAGCUUCAAAGGGCUUCAGGAAGGGGAUCGAUCACAUGUGAACACAGAGUUACACUACGAGAACCUUGACACACACAUAGUGAUAAGUUUACUGCAUGAGGAACUGUGAUUAUGAAUCAGUUGUUAGGAAGUGAAUUUCCUUUUCUUUAAUUUUUAAAAACUGUGACCAUGUAUGUAAUUUCUGACAUUUUUCAAAUACAGCUAAAUGGCCUUAAGUCUAAUAUAUAGAUCUUAAGAAUUAGGAUAAUGGGUACUUUUCUUCAUUAAAGAUGUUUUCUUGAAAAGUUUUGACUUAGUGUUUCAAAAUUAACUAUAUAUUAUUAUUGACAAAUUAUAAUUUCAGUUUGGUCCUGUGUAUACCCGGGCAUGUUCCCUGACCGGGAAUCGAAUCCCGAUUGCCUGGAUCCUAGGUCGACGCUCAACCUCUGAACCACGCCCGGCAAGGUGGUCCUGUGUAUUUCUAAAUGAUCUUCAGUUGACAGUGGCUACUGAUUUUACAGAUUGAAGUUUUACUGUUCCCAGGCUCCUAUAUAAAGUAAUCAAUGUGUAAAAUACACGUAGGGGACCUGUGUAAAGGAACACAGUACUGAUCAUUUUAUGAAGAGCCAUCUUUGGUGAAGCACAUGAUUAUCCUCUAUCAUAUCUGUUGGGUAAUUCUGGGUUCUAUAUAUUGAAUUGUCUUUAUUUUAUGUAUUUAUUGAGUACUCAACAUGUAUAAAACUCGAUUAGGAAUUCUGGGGCUUGCAGAAUAAAAAGAUAAUGACUCUGUCUUCAGCAUGUUUCUAAUAUAGUGAUACACAUAUACCAUAUGUGGAGUAGAAAAUAAAGAUUCUAUAAUAUUCAUAGGACACAGGGAUGGUGAGUAUAGGCUGAUAGGAGACAGUUAGGGAGGGGAAAUUAGGAUGGACCUGAACUUUGGUUAUAUUGCUUAGUGUUUAAGCAUUGUUGCAAACUGUUUACUUGAAUUUAUCAGGGAGAAAACGAACCUGGUGGAAAGCCCAGGUUAACCCUACCUGGGCCAAGCAGUUUAUUCUAAAUGUGUCAUCAUCUAAGCCAGUGGCAUCUGGACUUUUUAAAUGUGAUCCUGUCUUCCUCAGCAAGAGAAUUUGUGCAUCUAUCCCUUGAAUCCUGCUGCAUCACGGAAGCUGGGAAUUCUGAUGUUCCAUUGAAAUCACAAUGGAAAGUCUUGACCUGACCGGUCACAGUAAUGAAAGGCAGUAACAGAAAUAAAGAUCACUCAGCAGAAGGAGAAGGGGCUGGGAAACGACCAAAGCGGAAGUGUCUUCAGUGGCAUCCACUGCUGGCCAAGAAGCUUCUUGACUUUUCAGAAGAGGAGGAAGAGGAAGACGAGGAGGAGGAUAUUGAUAAGGUUCAACUUCUUGGGGCCGAUGGCCUAGAGCAAGAUGUUGGUGAGAUUGAAGAUGAUGAAUCACCAGAACAGCGAGCCAGGAGACCAAUGAAUGCAUUUCUCUUAUUUUGCAAACGCCAUCGCUCAGUUGUGCGUCAGAAACACCCCAGGCUUGAUAACCGAGGUGCUACCAAGAUACUAGCUGAUUGGUGGGCUGUUCUUGAUCCAAAGGAAAAACAGAAAUACACAGACAUGGCCAAGGAGUAUAAAGAUGCAUUUAUGAAAGCAAAUCCUGGCUACAAAUGGUGUCCUACCACAAACAAGCCUGUGAAAUCCCCAACACCCACUGUCAAUCCACGAAAGAAACUAUGGGCCUUCCCAUCUGACUCUUCAAGAGACUUGCCAAGCCCCAAGAAGGCCAAGACUGAAGAAAUGCCUCAGCUCAACUUUGGAAUGGCCGAUCCCACUCAAAUGGGAGGACUGAGCAUGCUGCUUUUAGCUGGAGAACAUGCUCUUGGCACAUCAGAGAUGUCCUCUGGCACUUGCAGGCCUGAUGUCUCAGAAUCCCCUGAAUUGCGCCAGAAGUCACCAUUAUUUCAGUUUGCUGAGAUAUCUUCAAGUACAUCCCACCCUGAUGCUCCUUCAAAACAGUGUCAAGCAUCGGCCUUGUUUCAGUUUGCAGAGAUUUCUUCAAACACUUCGCAGUUGGGUGGUGCCGAGCCUGUAAGACGCUGUGGAAAGUCUGCACUCUUUCAACUGGCAGAGAUGUGUCUGGCAUCCGAGGGAAUGAAAAUGGAAGAAUCCAAGUUAAUAAAAGCAAAAGAAUCAGAUGGCGGAAGAAUUAAAGAUUUGGAGAAGGGGAAGGAAGAAAGAGAAAUAAAAAUGGAGAAAACAGAUGAAGCCAGAUUACAGAAGGAAGCAGAAUUUGAAAAAUCAUUUAAGGAAAAUGUAAAAGAUUCCAAGGAAUUAAGAAAUUUGGAAGAGCUGCAAAUGGAUGAUAUAAUGGCUAUAAAAAUGGAAGAUCCCAAAGAAAUUAAAAAGGAAGAAUUAGACGAAGAUAAAAAAUGUAGUCACUUCUCUGAUUUCUCUUACUCUGCCAGUGGCAAGAUAAUAAUAAGCGAUGUUCCUAGUAGAAAGGAUCACAUGUGCCAUCCUCAUGGGAUUAUGAUCAUUGAGGAUCCCACAGCAUUAAACAAACCAGAAAAGCUAAAAAAGAAAAAGAAGAAAAGCAAAAUGGAUCGACAUGGAAAUGAUAAAUCCACACCUAAGAAGACUUGCAAAAAGAGGCAGUCCUCAGAGUCUGACAUCGAGAGUGUCAUAUACACCAUUGAAGCUGUCGCAAAGGGAGACUGGGGCAUUGAGAAACUUGGAGAAACCCCUCGCAAGAAGGCCCGCACAUCCUCAAGUGGCAAGGGAAAUAUUUUGGAUGCCAAGCCACCAAAGAAAAAAGUGAAAUCAAGAGAGAAGAAAAUGUCAAAGGAGAAAUCCUCAGACACCACCAAAGAGUCAAGACCUCCAGAUUUCAUUAAUAUUUCUGCCAGCAAGAACAUUUCUGGUGAGGUGCCAGAGGGUAUAAAAGCAGAACCGUUGACCCCCACGGAGGACGCAUUACCACCCAGCUUAUCGGGACAGGCCAAGCCUGAGGAUGGUGAUUGUCACAGAAAAAUAGAGACUUGUGGCUCCCGGAAAUCUGAGAGGUCUUGCAAAGGUGCUCUUUAUAAAACCCUGGUGUCUGAGGGCAUGCUCACCUCUCUGAGAGCUAAUGUUGACAGAGGGAAACGAAGCUCAGGAAAAGGAAACUCCUCUGAUCAUGAAGGGUGUUGGAAUGAAGAAAGCUGGACAUUUAGCCCAAGUGGGACCAGUGGGAGCAAGAAGUUCAAGAAGACAAAGCCAAAGGAAGAUUCUCUCCUUGGCUCAGCGAAGCUGGAUGAAGAAUUUGAAAAAAAAUUCAACAGCCUCCCUCAAUAUAGCCCUGUUACAUUUGACCGGAAAUGUGUACCUAUCCCAAGAAAAAAGAAGAAGACUGGAAACAUGUCCUCAGAACCGACUAAAACCAGCAAAGGUUCUUUCCAGUCUCAGAAAAAGAACUUAUUCCACAAAAUUGUCAGCAAAUAUAAGCACAAAAAGGAGAAGCCUAAUGUUCCAGAAAAAGGAAGUGGGGAUAAAUGGUCAAACAAGCAGUUCUUCUUGGAUGCCAUUCACCCUACAGAAGCCAUAUUUACAGAAGACAAAAACACCACAGAGCCUGCUCAUAAGGUUAAAAAUACCCCAUCCAUUCCCAACACUCCAGAGCCAACAGCAACGCAAGAACCCCUGGUGGGCAGCCAAAAGAGAAAAGCAAGGAAAACCAAGAUCACACACCUGGUCAGGACAGCAGAUGGCCGGGUGUCACCAGCAGGAGGUACUUUGGAUGACAAACCAAAGGAACAACUGCACAGGAGUCUCCCUAAAGUCACCGAGACAGGCUGCCAUGACGAGUGCGCGCACAGCCGCGAGGCCGCCGAGACGCGGAGCAGCACCCCCGAGAUGCCCGCCGUGUCUGCCUUCUUCAGCCUGGCCGCGCUGGCCGAAGUGGCCGCCAUGGAAAACGUGCACAGAGGUCAGAGAUCUACUCCGCUCACCCACGAUGGACAGCCAAAAGAAAUGCCACAGGCUCCUGUACUUAUUUCCUGCGCUGACCAGUGAAGCGCCCUUUCAUUGUAAAACUUUGUGCUUUACCUACUACCCUAGCCUUGUCUUUACCGAGGGAUGCUAGUGAGUCCAUGUGGUGGGAAAUAUAGACUGCAAACAAGUGCUUGUUGCCCUACACGGCCCAGAUUCACUUGAAGCAGAAAUUAGCCUCCUGGGCCCAUUUGUUCGUUCGAAACCCGGAGUCUCUGUGGGUUAUGUUCUCUGUCUGAUAAUGAGCAGAAAUGGAAUGAUCCUGGGGGAUCAUUGAAGGCUGUUGACGGUAAGAGGUGGUCACUUGGUAAAAGGCUGCCUUUACUGUAGCUCAUCCAGCAUCUCUUCUACCAACAGAGAGUGUGAAACUAGUUUCGUAUAUUACCUAGUUAUUCUUUCAAAACAAAAACAAAAAACAAAAAAACAAAAACUGACGCACUGCACUAGUUAUUAUUAGAUAUUCUUAGUCUUUUUUGUACAUGGAGAUUUAAGUUCUAAGAUGGUUUAUAUAAUAGGUUAUACCUACAUUUAUAUUGUAGAAUAAUAUUAAAAAGCCUGUUCCGAGACUCCCAUGCAGCGCGGGCAGGCAGAUGUACCAUUGUUAGCGGUGUAUGCUCGGCCUCGUGGUCCAUAUAUUCUGCACUUUUAUAUUUGCCACCAGAGUGGUAGUUUGCUGGCAAAAAAAAGAGAAAAAAAAUUACAAUUCUUACAAGCUGAAUUUUUUUCUUAGCCUUGAGUGACCAAGAAUAAUUUGCUUGGGGCAAAUUGUGGCAGAUAUUUUCCCAGACGAGGGAAGAGUCCUGCAGAUUACAGAUUACUGAUGUUUUCAUGCCUUGAGGAUUCUUUUAUUUUUACACAGGGGUCUAAGUGACCAAUGGAUCGUUCAUACAAACAAACAAAAAAAUAGAGAAAAAUAUUAUUCAGAAGUGACCUUAGUAUUAUUACUUAUUACUUCACUAUUCUGAACACAUUGAAGACACUCACUCCACGUGGACUUGGAGCCACAGACCUUUUCCAUCAUCCCAGACAGACUGGACGGGUAGCAAUUGCUAUGCACAGCCUCAUGGGCACUGCAGGUUUUUAGAGCCAUUUCAAGUUUGUGUUGUUAAGGAGGUAUUGAGUAAAUGACAUGGGAGGUAUGCCUGACCGGAGUGGGACUCUCAGUCAAAGGGCCACCUGCAAGUUUCUGUUUCCUUUUUGUGUUUUGUUGCUUUUGAACAUAAAACCCACCAUACAUAUGCCAGUGCCGAGUGGAUUAACUGGCUUAGAACAUUCAACAUAUUGACUUAACCACCUGAUGUUCAGUGUCUUGUUUCCUAGCAACAGAUGCAAAGUGAUAAAUCAAAAUUAGUCAGAGGCUACAGAUUUUACAGGGUAUUUCUUCCAUAGCACAAAGUAUCUCCCCACUCUUGCAUCACAGCACAAACUACCAAAUUUCAAUGAUUGGAUUCCAGCAAUAAUUUUUAUUGGUUUUAUUGGCAGGAUUUUGAUAGUAUUAGUUCAGGUUUGAAGCUUUUGAAUUAGAUCUCUAAGUGGUGACAGUUUACAGGUUUUAUCUAGCUUUCUUAUUUAUACUUGACUGAAUUGUAAUGAUGAUUUUUUUCUAAUUGUAAUUUGACCUAAUAGCCAUAUUAAAAAAAUGACUCUAUUUGUCCUGACUAGGUUUAGCUUUUCAUGGUUGUAGAUAUUACUUCAGUUUCGGUGCUGGAAAAUAUGUACAACAUGCUAACAGAAUUGAAGAAUAGAGAGAGGUUUUCUUUCAAAGCAGGUAAAGAGGGCAACAGAGCAGUGGUGUGAUAUUCUCAAAGAUGCAUACUCACCGUGUGUAUGGAGGGAGAAGGAAUUCGUAAGCAAGGUUAAUCAGAGGUGAAAGCUUAACCCCAGUCACAUAGAAAUAAAUCAGGUGAGCAGCCCCAGAUUUCAGCCUAAUGUUUUUACUAUGAUGCUGUUUUAUUAACAUUUUCUAAAUCUCAAAACACAAAUUGAAUGUUUGGAAAUUGCUGGGUCCCAGUGUUGGUGGCUGUUGGGAGUUUUUGGACCACUUGCUAGCAGUGAUUUUAAAAUUAUUAUUAGCUAAAAUCCAAAAAACAAACCAACAACAAAAAUUGUACGGUGCAGAACAUGCACCUUGACAAUGGUACUAACUUGUUAUUCUGUAGAACACGUUAGAAUAGAUCUAUUUUUGCCAGAGCACCCUCCUUCAGUCCUCCGAUUACAUUUCAGUAGAGUUCCUCAAGAGAUUGCUGUAUAUUCAUGGGACCUUUUUGUAAAAAGAAGCAAACAAAAGAUUGCUUUUUUCUAUGCGAUUACUAUCUUACUUGAUCUGCUUUCCCUAAAUAAACCUCAGUGGCUUUUCCCUUGGGCAGGGUGGGAGCAGGAGGGCAAGCUACUGGAUAUGACUGUUUUAAAAAAAAAAAACCUUUUUGUAGAAAUGCUUAAUUUUUAAGCGGUUAGGCACUGAGAGUAGCAGAAAUCCUGCAAAGCUUUAUAGUUCUCUAGACACUCGCCUUGUCGUUUCUCUGAGUGCAAGUCUUAAUUUCAAUAAUAGUGCUUUUCUCAUGCCCUGAAUCUGCUGGAAAGGGGUGUUGGUAUUUUCAGGUAACAACAUUUGUUAGCACAAAUAUUUCAGACCAACAUGUAGUGUCCCCCCCCCCCAUUUAUCAUUUUCAUUUCAUUUCUCUCAUUCUUCUUUAUUUUGGAAAAUCGUAUCGCUAUAGUUUGUACCUUAAUCUGCCAGCAAGCACCAUUUACACUAACAUUUGUCCCACAGGCAUCCUCAAGAGAAAAAGUUGUUGCACCUUAUGUAUAUCUCAAGCAAACCAAAAUAUGAUGCUCUUCUGCUCUGUUUUAUUCUAAAUUGUUGUAUCAUAUCUUUCUGAAACCAUUCUGAACUUAGUUGAAAUUAUCAAUAUUUAUACUUUUAACCUUAAUUUCUGGAUUCAAACCUGUAUAUAAAUCUUUUGAAAAACGUUGUCCUAGCCCUUCUCUGUGAUGCUGGAAGUGGAUAGUUUAGUCUCUGAUGGAGACACAGUACUGUUCCAGUUUCCUUUAGCCUCUUAUUUAUUUAGUUAUUCUGGGUAUUUCCUAUGUAAUUUUGAAGUGUUUAGAGUAUAUUAUAGUAACUGAAGCUGCAGCUCGAAGAAGCUGAGUGAAAAAAAAAUACUGUAAGACACCCUUUUAAAGUUUGUGUUUGUUUGGAUACUGUAAUGAGGUCAGGAAGAGGAAAAGUGUCCCACCGCCACUUCGAAGAUACAGGUUCUGUCCCCACAUGAGGCUUUUCUAUCCAAAGUGUUAAUUCAGUCAAACCCCUUUUAAAGGAUAAAUCAUACUGUUGUAAUUCUGACAGACUUCUAUCAAAUAUAUUUAUUUAACUCUGUCAGAUGAGCUUUCUACCAAGGUCAUCUCAAAGCCGAAAUGCUGACAUCAUUCCCACGUUAUCAUUGAUAUUCUAGUUCCUGCCAUUAAAACUGCUGCAGGAAAAAAAGUGAUGGAACACUACGAACAAGUCUGGCUGGUCCUGUCAUUUCCUUGUUAAGUCAGAUGCCACUCCGCCUGAGUCAUGUAAAAUUUUGUUUGCACUCUGCAGUCUUUGGCUCAUCGUAUGACAGUGUUUGCACCUAUGUAAAAACUCGAGCAAAUUUUAAAUUGAUAGAGAACCGGGAGGAAGCUGCAAACUGAAUGCCAUCUUUUGUUUAUACAGUAUGCGUGGGGGAGGGAGGGAUGGGAUUAUCCAAUAGCUCUGUUCCAAGUUUGGCAUUUGGCAUUAAUGUGAAGCAGUGGGACCAUGCUGCCUGCUAAACUACUGUAUGAAUCCCAAGUGUUCUGGAGACCAGCGGCUGGAGGCCCGAGCCGGCACCUGCACCCGGAGAAGCGCCCGCGCUCCCCGGGAGGAAGGAAGGGAGCCGCAGGGGCCCGGAGGCCUCGGUCGGAAAGGGAUCGUGGGGGUGUAUGUGAUGCCGGGGAAGAGCCCCUCCUUGAUUGCACUGCUCCACAGAGCCCUCAGAUAAGGCCAAUUCUAAUGGGCUACCUCGGCUUUAAGAGCUCAUUUCAGUUAAGUCCUGUUUCAAAGGUUUGUCUUGUUUUGCUUCUACCGUCAGUGCCACUAUUUUCCACUGCAGUGUUUUGACUUCACAAACCGCCUUCUCCAGAGAAAACAAUGUAUUUGCCGAAAGUGGGCAGCAGAAGCAAAUGCUGUUAUUACAUUUGACCUAUAAAGUAUUCAGAGCGACUGCUAGAUGGAAAUUAAACUUUAGCUUGCCCCACGUAGGACCUGUUUUGCACCUUACAAAGAGUGUCCUAAUGGUUCAUUCGAUGUUGCUUUUAUUUAUACAAGCAUUCCCAAAGAAUUAGACUUGGAGUUUGUGUUUGAGUUUCGGCAUUCUUAAAAAUUAUCUUACUUAGAUUCCUAACAUUGUACUUAAAAAAGAAACCGUUUGUUCAGUUCCGCUUACCAGAUGCUUCUGGUGAAGGCUUCAGGACUGGGUGGACUGCUUUGCUUUAGUUUGGAAGUGAUAGCUGAGUUUAUUAUACAACAUAAUAAAUGACCUUGUCCUUUUCAGGGGGGACAUUAUAUUAUCUUCCUUACAUUUCAGAACCAAGAAGCAACAAAAGAGUAAAUCAAGACAAAUAUCUGAUUCUGUCAUAUGCCUCCAUCUGUUUGUGCUAUGCUUUUCUUUAAAAAAUAUAAAUAUACCUUUUCUUAAAAAAAAAAAAAAAAAUGUUUCCUCUCCUGGCCAAAUUUUAUGUGUGGUGGUAUGAUUUAUACUAAUAAAUUAAAAGAGGAAACCUUGUACUUAAAAGUUUCUUGGCCACUGUUUACUUGUUGCAGUCAGUGGUCAAAACUGAUCCUGCCCUCAAAUUGAUUUUUAUGCACAGAGUUAGUUGUUGUGAACAUAACUACUACUUCCAAAGAUUUCCUAAUAACUUAGGUCAGAACUGGUUACUGAGUAACAAGAACCUAGUUCAAUGCCUCCAAACCCUCCCACCCACACCGCAGAUCUUACCUCACAAGCUCUAAAUCAGAGGCGCGCAUGCUUCACAGACUAACGUAGCUCUCUUUGUGGCCCCCAGUGGGCUGGCUCAUGUCCCCGACGCCUGGUGUCAGUGCCUCCGGCUCUGAGCCGCAGGACCGGGGGCGGGGAAGGUUCAUGAUCUGGAGCUCAGCACAUGCUCAGCAACGUUUCUCGUUUCAUUAGCGCUAAACAUGUCUCUUGCUCUCAGGAAUUUAUCAAAAAAAGAAUAAAAACCACCUGAGAUUCCACACACCAGAUUAUGAGCUUUUCUCAUAGGUUUGCAUUGCUUAUUUGUCAUAAAUUAACCACAGCUUCAUUUGACCACCAGAUCUUAAGUCUGUUGACAGUUUCAGCAUGACCGAAUCACUCAUUUUCUUUAUUUUUCUUUUUUUCUUUUUCUUUUUUGCUUUCAGAAAUUGGCUCGGUUCUCUUUAGAGUUGAUGUAAACAUGCCAUGUAAUAAAUGAUUUCUACUUAAUGGUACAACAGAAUUAUUGCUUUCCUAGAUGUAUGUGUAGUAAAAGUCAAUAUACACAUUUAUAUAAUUUCUUUCUUCAAAAUCUUAUACUUAAUUUGAUAUUUCUAAAAAUUGCACAUGUAAGUCAUGUGUAUAACAUGCUAAAGUACUUUAACUGUGAUCUUAAAACUGAAUAAAAAUAUUUAAUAAAAAUUUGAAAUAUUUUAAAGAUA